CAAUAGAUACUAACUCUGAUGAUCCAUUGGUCGACGAGCCUACGGGUGUUGGCGCAAACGUUCUCAGUGGUGAAGAGCGCAACGACGUCCUUUCCUCUGCCAGUUUCAUCGAGUUACUCUUCGGGGAAGAACAACGCUGGAUGAAAGAGACCGAGUCCACGAUCUCCAUCUCCAAGAGAAAAAGAGAGAAGACGACAUAUGAAACAAAUAGAAAGGCACAUUAGUCCUUUGCCGUAAAAUAAUGGUAGCAGAAAUCGACAUGGGCCACAACACAAGGUCCCUCGUUCAGAUACCGGGAAGCAGUGCGGGAAAGCAAGACGUUUCUACAGUCCUGAUGGACUUCACCCACGUCUCCACACUGGCUGCCAUGUGCCCAGUUCCCACCGAUCUUCCCGCUUGCUUGGUUACGGGCAAUUCGGAAAGAAAUCCUCCCGAGUUCAAGAUAAAAGGGACGGACUCUCCUGCCAGCUCUCGACAGAAUCUGCAGCCUUCUGCUCCUCCGGCAGGGAACACGGGAAGCCCGUCAAGCGCGAGUCCUCCAGUUGGCAAGAGGCUUUACGUGGUCAGGAGAGUGCAACCCAUGGCGGCGCAAAAGCCUUAUGCACGCCCUGUCACCCAAUCAGUCAGGAUAACCCCCUCUGCAAGAACUGUGUUUGUCAUAGUUCCUCCAAGAAACAAUAAUGGCCCUGCACGACUACGGGCGGAGUCGGUAACGCAGAUAUCUGUCGUUACCGGCAGUAUCAGGAACUAGUUCGAUGUACAGAGACUCAAUGGAAAAUGGCAAUAUGCUG